AUUCGGUUUCACCAUUUGUAACAUACGCGCAUCCAUUCUGAAAAUGUCGUCUCAUAAGAUUGUGGUACUUCUGCUCGUGGUAUUCUCUUCCGCCCUUGAAUCGAGCGUCAUACCUACAGCCGUACACGCACUUCCAGCUGCGCACGCUCAUCUCCACGCAGCUCCAUAUGCUCACCUGCACACAGCGCCUCAUGCUCACCUCCACGCAGCUCCAUACGCCCAACUGCACGCAGCGCCUCACGCUCACCUCCACGCAGCGCCCCACGCUCAUCUCCACGCAGUACCAGCGGUACCAGCAGUUCACGCAGUUCCAGCAGUACGCUACACCCAAGUCGCCCCACCCAGCGUUUUACCGUUUUCCGCACAAGUCAGCACCUUCGCGCGCAACUUGCACGUGUUCGACGCGCCAUACGCAGCUGGAGUACUUCCGGGAACGCCCGCUAUAGUCCAAAGGGCGGUACUGCCGGCCGGGCCGGUAUUCCCAGCUCCUGCUCCCUUCGUACAUCAGCACGCGCUAACUCCGGUAGUUUCGAAAGUGGCCCCCCUUGUUCCGGCGCCACUGGCCCCCCUUGUUCCGGCGCCACUGGCCCAUCCCGUUCCGGUAGGUUACGCACCAUCGUUGCACAGUGCCCCAUUGUGGAGAUAAGACAUUUUAGACGUCAAUUAGUAUGUUUCCUAGACUGAAUGUGAAAUGCGUUGUAUUAUUUUAACGCUA